AUGAUUGUUUCUUCAGCAUUGAUGAUCUGGAAGACCAUGGCAGUUGGAUUCAACUCCGAGUCUCCUAUUGUCGUGGUUCUCAGCGAGAGUAUGGAACCGUCAUUUCAGCGUGGUGAUUUACUUGUACUGUCAAUGUUUUCGGAUCCGAUCCGAGUUGGUGAUAUCUGUGUUUACAAAAUCAAGGGCAAAGAUAUUCCCAUUGUUCAUCGUGUAUUGGAACUCCACGAAAGUCAAACGAGCAACAAGACACUGAUAUUGACCAAGGGUGAUUAUAAUCCUGUGGAUGACCGUGGUCUUUACAAUCGUGGACAGCUAUGGAUCGAGCCAGAGGACGUUGUUGGUCGCGUCGUUGGACAUAUUCCAUAUAUGGGCAUGCUUACCAUUAUACUCAAUGAUUACCCACAACUCAAAGCAGUGAUGCUUGGUUUCCUUGGGAUAUCUGUGUUACUCAACAAAGAAUAA